CUCUCUCUCUCUCUCUCCUCCAUUGUUACUUGACGCCACGAGAGAGGUGCCUUCUCUUCGUAUCUCCGUCCCGAGAUCCAACCUCAAGCCCAGCCCAGUAACAGUCUCAAACCGGACCCAACCCGUUAUUCCCAAGAUGCUCAACCCGUGAUCACUCGUUCAUAGUAGGCUAGUAGCCACCAUCCUCCUCCAAAUUCCGGCCAAUUAAAGGUCAAGGCCGGCGCCAGGAGCUGCUCUCUCUUCAUUCUCGACCUCCUCUCCUCAUCCCAGGCUCUGUUUUUUGUUUGCGAGACCUGCUAUUUGCGAAGCAAGGAAAGGAGGAGAAAGGUUAGGUGGUGUUUUCUAGCCUGGCGUGCCAUUUCCGGCGACUCCGCCUGAUUAGUAUCUUGUCUGGUUUCUACCAUGUCCACGUCAAUCCUCCUUCAACACUCAAGAACCAUCUCAGGUAUGCUCCAUACCCGAAUAUUUGUCCGGUUCAUGGGCGGCGGUCCACGGACUUUCCCCGGUGGACUAAACAAGUGGCAAUGGAAACGCCUCCAUGAGAAAAGAGCCAAAGAGAAGGAAAAGCGACUUCUUGAUCAAGAGAAACAACUCUAUGAAGCUCGAAUCCGCUCAAACAUCCGAGCCAAACUGGCGGGAAAACCUGACCCGAAUUUGAACCCGGAUACAAACACUACUAGUUACAGCCCCAUGAGCCCCGAGAACCACAUCAAAGCCCUUGCUGAUCGUUUCAUGAAAGAAGGAGCCGAAGACUUAUGGAAUGAAAACGACGGCCCGUUGAAAUCUUCAUUGGCGAAAUCAAGUGAAAGGCCUGAACUAAGCGGGCCAAAUCAACGGCCGACAUCGAUCAAUUCGCCAAUUGAUUUGAGGAAACUUAUAUCAGGGGGAGUUAACAUAUCUCAGAAUUGCGAGAACUUCACUAAUAGUCAUAAUUACACAAAAACAAGGGAUUAUUCAAUGCAGAGAGGUUCGGAUUUUGGCUCUAAAAGUGAUUCGAUGAAGCACUUUCAACCUAAUUUGGUGCCAGAACAGAGGAAAUUUAGGAGGAAUAAGAGUACCAGCGACAAUGAAUUGGGUCAUGGUUUGGGAGAUCAUUCAGCAAAGAAUUUCGCAGAUGACUCGGCAGACAAGCUUGGGAACGCAAGUAAUUCAAGAAAAGCGAGUGAUUUAAAGAAGCACAGGAGCUUCUCUUCUCAUAAACUGAGGAGAUCUUGGAGAAAUGAGAGUUCUUCUAGUGAUCACGAGGAUGAAGAUUAUGGGUUUGAUUCAGAUGAUGAGGGAGAAAGGCGAGGGAGAAGUGUGGGGGCGAUCGGGAGUAGAGCUGCUUUGGGGAAGUAUGAUAUGAAGAUGACGAAAAGGGUGCCACUAAAAGAGCUUGAGGACGAGACAAAUUUCGCAAGGGAGGUGGAGUUGCUAAGGCGUGAGCUCGGGAAGAAAAAGUUGGCUAGAAACGAGGAGGAAAAUAGUGAGAAAGGUGAGGAAGAAUCGAUUCUCAGUCAUAGAAGAUUUGAUGAAUGUGGAUUGUCUUCUUUGACUGUGAAGGCACUUACAGCAGCUGGCUAUGUUCAAAUGACCAGGGUGCAAGAGGCGACUUUGUCUGCUUGCCUUGAAGGCAAGGAUGCUUUGGUUAAAGCCAAAACGGGAACAGGCAAAAGUGCAGCUUUUUUGCUUCCUGCAAUUGAAGCAGUUUUGAAAGCAAAAAGUGGCAAUGCCAAUCCACGGGUUUCUCCAAUAUACGUUCUUAUUCUUUGCCCCACAAGAGAGCUAGCGAGUCAAAUAGCUGCUGAAGCAAUUGCUAUGCUGAAGUAUCACGAUGGCAUAGGUGUACAAACACUAGUUGGAGGUUCACGCUUCAAAGAUGACCAGAAACGCCUGGAAUCAGAUCCUUGCCAGAUAAUUGUUGCAACUCCUGGUCGGCUGCUGGAUCACGUUGAGAACAAAGGUGGUAUAUCUGUGCAUUUGAUGGGUUUGAAGAUGCUUAUACUCGAUGAAGCUGACCAUUUACUAGACUUGGGGUUUCGGAAAGAUGUGGAAAAAAUUGUAGACUGUUUGCCCCGUCGGAGGCAAUCCCUGAUGUUCUCAGCAACAAUUCCAAAAGAGGUUCGCCGAAUAUCUCAGCUUGUGUUGAAAAGAGAACAUGCUUUCAUUGAUACAGUGGGACUUGGUUGUGUGGAAACUCCUGCUCAGGUUAAGCAGUUUUUCCUGGUGGUUCCACUUAACUUGCAUUUUCAAGUCGUGCAUCAUCUCUUGAGGGAGCAUAUCCGACAAACACCUGAUUACAAGGUCAUUGUUUUCUGUACAACUGGGAUGUUAACAUCACUUAUGUAUGCACUCCUCCGGGAAAUGAAAAUGAAUGUUAGGGAGAUGCACUCUAGAAAGCCUCAAUUAUAUAGAACACGCAUAUCUGAUGAAUUCAAGGAAUCGAAACGGUCAAUUCUCAUCACAUCUGAUGUUUCAGCCCGUGGAAUGAAUUAUCCUGAUGUUACUUUGGUCAUUCAGGUUGGCAUUCCUGCUGAUCGGGAGCAAUAUAUACACCGUCUUGGAAGAACUGGACGUGAAAGCAAAGAUGGAGAAGGGAUAAUAUUGCUUGCACCAUGGGAAGAAUAUUUCCUGGAUGAGUUGGAAGACCUGCCUCUUGAUAAACUUCCUUUACCUGAUAUAGAUCCAGAAACCAAACUUAAGGUGGAGGAUUCAAUGUGGAAGCUUGACAAUAGUGUCAAAGAAGCAGCAUACCACGCUUGGCUAGGUUAUUAUAACUCAAUCAGGGAAAUUGGCAGGGAUAAAACCACACUUGUUGAGCUGGCCAACCAAUUUUCCAAGUCAAUAGGUUUGCAAAGGCCUCCUCCUCUGUUCAGAAAGACAGCACUAAAGAUGGGUUUGAAAGAUAUACCUGGUAUCCGAAUCCGAUCCUAAUAAUUAUUAGGAGCUCAAGCAUUCAAAUUUCUGUCUUUGGCUGGCUUAAAAUGAGUGAAAUCAUUCAGGUUCAACUUUUAUUCAACCUGAAAACUUUGUAUAUGCUAGGCCUAGUUGCUGGAUUUGAUUUUCUUGCUACUGUGAAAUCCUGCAAGUUUUUUGUUACCAUUUUGAAGAGUUUUUGUCGCAUUAGGUUGCAUCUCUUCUUAAUAUGAAAUCCUGUAUAUUCAUAUCAUUAUUUUAUUAACCAUUCAAUGGAUGAUCCCAAGCCACAUUUACGAUUCAUACAGAUUACUGGGAAAACCGUCGGGUAGAGUGCUUGUUAUUAGGUCGAAAUUAAACUAUUUAUGGUUGUAAUAAACUCUUAUGAUAACAGAAAGCCCAUAGUGGAAAGGGCAUAAACAAAGUCCAUAAAAAACAAUAAUGCCCAGUUUUUGUUUA